GCUGUCACGUGGUUUGCAGACGUCUCGGUCGAAUGGGCACGAGAGUAGAUUUGAGGAAGAGAGUGUUGAUUGAGAGCGUAGCAAUUAUGUAGCAAAUUAUUAAAAUAUUUAUAUAAAAAUUAUAUUUUGAGAGGUUGGUCAGAGUGAGGUGAGUUUGUAAAACGGAAGACAGAGCUGCUUUUGCUUGCCUGGAGUGGGAGUGGACACCUGUCCAAAAUGUCAAUGUUCAGCACAGGGGUGCUGGUCCUCACCUCCCCUCUCCACACUCUCCCCCUCCGCCUUGCUCCUGUCCUUAAAUCCGCCGCUAAGCUGGUGGAGCGCACCCUCUACGUUCAUCUCCACCCGGGCCUCAACCUGGGCACAGGCUGCCCGCCUCGGCCGGUCUUCAUCCCCCCGUCCGUGGAUCUCCCGGGGCUCAUAUCGCGCCUGUACAGCAACGCGGCAGAUGUCUGCGCUCACCUGGACGUCCGGCUGCUGCUCGCUAACAUCCAUGCUCAGCAGGACAUGACCCUCGACCCUUUCCCCUCUCCUCAGCUGCUUUCUCAAUCCCCGGAGGUUGUCAUGACAGAUUUCCCCAUAAACGACUCAGGCCAGACGUCUCUGGUGGCUCGGUGCCUUCAGGUUUACGCCGGAAGCUGUUACGUGUGCUCGCCCAGCCUUUCCUCCGUUGUCUUGUGGCCACAGCUGAAGGAAGUGAUGGAAGAGCAGGAGGAAAACGAGAAGAAAAACAAUUCAAAGCCUGUAGAGACGUAUGGAGACGUGGUGGUGGGUGGAACCUUCGAUCGUCUGCACGGUGCUCACCGGACCCUGUUGAAUAUUUGCUGCUUGAUGGCGAACAGGCGCUUUCUGAUUGGAGUGUGUGACCAGGAACUGCUUAAAAGUAAGGUGUUGAAGGAGCUGAUCGAACCGUACAGCAGACGUGUGCAGAAGCUCUGUGAGUUCCUGAACGAUGUUAAACCGUCCCUGCAGUACGAGAUCGUCCCCCUGUCCGACCCCUUCGGCCCGUCCGUUAGUGACCCCAAGCUGCAGUGCAUCGUGGUUAGCGAGGAGACGAGGCGGGGCGGCGAGGCCGUCAACAGGAAACGAGCAGAAAAUGGGCUCCCAGAGCUGGUGCUGUAUGAAAUUCCUCUGAUUAAAGAUGCACAUCACGCAGACAUCGAGGAGGAGAAGAUCAGCUCAUCGAGUCUGCGCACGCGCCUGCUGGGCACGCUCCUCGUCCUGCCCACGGUGAGACACGCUAACCUUCCUCGCCCCGCUCUCUCUCAGCACCCGUACGUGAUUGGCCUGACGGGAGGCAGCGGAAGCGGGAAGAGCUCCAUUACUCGGAGACUGGAAGGACUCGGAGCUGCACGGAUCGACGCAGACCAGCUCGGCCACGAAACCUACCAACCCGGCACGGCUGCCUAUCACAGGAUAGUGCAGGAGUUUGGUACAGAUAUUGUGAAUGAGGAUAAGACCAUUGACAGACGAGCCCUGGGGAGGAAGGUUUUCGGAAACAAGGAACGGUUAAAAGCUCUAACUGAUAUAGUGUGGCCUGAGAUUGCACUUCUUGUGAAAGAAAGAAUACAGCAAGCUAAAGAAGAUGGGAAGAGUGUGUGUGUGGUGGAUGCUGCAGUGCUGUUGCAGGCUGGAUGGACAGAGAUGGUUCAUGAAGUCUGGGUGGCCAUUAUUCCUGAGGAAGAGGCCAUGCGGCGUAUAGUGCAGCGGGAUGGGGUGAGUCAGGAGGACGCACUGAGGAGAUUACAGAGUCAGUGGUCUAAUGUGCAGCUGGUGGAGCAGGCCAACGUGGUUCUGUGUACACUGUGGGAGCCGGACGUCACUCAGAGACAGGUUGAAAAAGCCUGGAAUUUACUUCAAGUUCGGAUACAGCAGAAAGAGGAAACCGGAUUUCAACCCUGAGACGAUUGUUUUACACACGCGCACACACGCUUCAGUGGUUGGCUGUACAUUUCAGGCUCUGGCCAGAGUCUCUCAUAGCCAAGGGUUUAAAUCAAAUGCUGAUUUGAGGCUUCUCCCAAAUCAAUUCAACGGUCAGAUAUUUUUUCCCACAAGUUACAGCCAGGUGUUUGCAGAAACACUCCUUAAAGACUGGCAUGGUUAAGAGCUCGGAUGUCUUGUGAGGAAUUUCUUGACCUUUAAAGCAAGUUAGGGGCGUGUUGGUUAAAAUAUCAUGCUUAUUAGUUUUAGUUUUUGGCUUUAUUUUACUCGAUCACCAGAAUGCCACACAGAUGUUUUUUUUUAAUCAGGUUUCAGCAUUUAAGUGAGGGAUAAAUGAGAACAGCUAAAGAAUGGAUGCAUCUUUAACCCUGUUGAUCCACCAAAUCAUGUCUUAUUUCCAAUGACUGUUUCUUUAGCUUUGUAUUGUGACUGAUUUUGACUUUGAGGCAGGUGAAGCUAGCAGGUAAGCAAAGACUUUUGGAAACCUAGCAUCUAGUUUAGCAUUAUCCAAACAUACAGUUUCAUAAAAUGGCAGAAUAAAUCAAGUUGUAACACUAUUAUCGUCUGAAUCCUGAAUCGUUUAAACUGUCAGCAUUGAUGAGCUCUGUUUUAAGAGGACACUACUUUUUUUUUUUUUUUUUUUUUUUUUUUUUACACAGCGUCCUGCUCGCCCUUCUCUCUGCCGUUCCUCAUCUGUAGCCACAUCUGGGAGAACGGAAAUGAAUCUUAAUCAGCCUUUACUGGGUUUGAGGCAGGAAUGAUGCCAGUCAUUGCAGGAUGAGGGGGGGAAAUUAAGUUAGUUAAAUUCUUUAUUAAAUUAAAAUCUGACACUGUCAAGAGUUUAUAUAAAAUUACAGCUUCAUUUAUGCACACACAUUUACUGAGCACUUUACCAGGAAUACCUUAACACCUUCUCAUUUGUGUAAUUAUCCAGUCAGCCAGUCAUGUUGCAGCAACAUUAAGUAAUUCAGAAGUUGCUGAUCUCCUGGGAUUUUCACACACACAACGGAAUGGUGAGAAAAACAAAAACAUCCAGUUCAGUGCAAGCAGAAACCCCUUGUUGGUGAGAGAGGUCAGAGGAGAAUGACGAUGCUCGUUCGAGAUUACAGGAAGGCAACGGUAACCACUCUUUCCAACCAUGGUGAGCAGAAAAGCAUGUCAAACCUUUAGAUGGACAUGCUACAGUAGGUAGCCUAAGCAGGUGUACAAGUGUUUAAUAACAGUCAGUGUAUAUUGUGAACCUUUAACUCAACAGAAGAUUAAAUAACAGUAUACGCUAUGAAACGCAGAUGUGUCCUAAAGUGAGAAUAAUGGUAGAAAAUUAAGAAAAAAAAAGAA